CGGGAUGCGCUAAUACCACAACCUAUGACUCCAUCUUAGCAUGUGUGGAUUCGUCCGGGUACUUUGCCUACUCCCGAUGCCUCUGGAUGAUCCUGUAGCGAGUACACCUGUGUAUCGUUCCCAUCGUGAUUUCCUAGUUUAUAAUGCGCUUUCACACACUAGGACGGACCCCAUGACAGGCCCAAACAUCUUUGUUAUGCGCAGGCGCUUAUACAAACCCGAUAUAUGGACGAACCUAGCCCGCUGUUACAUUUCAACAUCGUCUCCUUGUGCAAUACGCUGGUCCUUUGCACACUCUCUGCCCUUGAUCUGGGUAUUCUCUCGCUCUGGGCGAAUCCCGCCAUUGGCAUUCUAACCUUGGCCUACAAUAUCACCCUUUUGGUACUCUGGUACAAGGAGACUGAUGAAGACCUGGCCCUGAAGUUUUUUUAUAGUGUAUACGCGGUGCUUUACGCGGGUACAUUGUGCGCCGGUUGGAUUCCUGCGUUCGUUAUCAUGGUUCUUGUAGCGUGGGACCGGCCGCAGGGAACGGUUAACAUUUGGGACAGAGAUAUCCAGUUUCCGGAAUAUGUGGUCUAUACACAGAGGUUGCAAUUUCUCUUGACGUCCCUCCAACUCGCUCUGUUCGGGGAUCUGACUGUAAGAGGUGCAGUUCUCCGACGCAGAACAGCUUGAAGUGUAUAAGUGUGUAAUUGCGUGUAAGCUAAUGACAUGGUUGCAAUUACACUGGAAAAUCGCC